AUGGCUUCCGAGAGAGCAAUCGAUCGGGAAGAGCGACAGGGCCUUCGUGCCAUUCGCAACUUCCUCAAGGUCCGAAACUCCUACGAUGUCCUCCCGCUUAGCUUCCGACUUAUCAUCUUCGAUACCUCGCUGUCUGUGAAGGAGAGCAUUGUUUCCGCUCCGUUGUGGGACUCGAAAGCUUCCAAGUUCGCCGGUCUGCUGACCACCUCCGAUUAUAUCAAUGUCAUCCAAUACUAUUUCCAAAACCCCGCCGCUCUGGACCAGAUCGAUCAGUUCCGCCUGGACAGUCUGCGAGAUGUCGAAAAGGCGCUCGGCGUCGCGCCGCCAGAGACCGUCUCCAUCGACCCGGAGCGCCCGCUGUAUGAUGCGUGUCGGCGCAUGCUCGAAUCGCGCGCCCGUCGUAUUCCCCUCGUUACCAGCGAUAGUCAGACUGAGCGACCCCACGUGCUCAGCGUCAUUACACAAUACCGUAUCUUGAAAUUCGUCGCUGUCAACGUUCCGGAUACGCAACAGCUGCGUCGCCCACUGGGCGAAUUGCUGCUUGGAUCGUAUGACAAUGUUGCGACAGCUUCGAUGGACACGCCGGUUAUUGAUGUGAUUCAUAUUCUGGUGGAGCGCAGCAUAUCCAGUGUGCCGAUUGUCAACUCGGAAGGCGUUGUCUACAAUGUGUUCGAGUCGGUCGAUGUCAUCGCUCUGAUCAAGGGUGGCGUUUACGACGACUUGAGCCUUACGGUUGGCGAAGCGCUGAAGAAACGCCCAGCGGGCUUCCCGGGUAUCUACACCUGUUCUCUCAACGAUGGACUGGACACUAUCUUUGAUACCAUCCGCAAGUCCCGAGUCCACCGUCUGGUUGUCGUGGAUGAGCAUUUCAGGCUCAAGGGUGUCCUCACUCUGAGUGAUAUCCUGCACUACAUUCUUCUCGAGGGAGAAAAUGAAGAAGCAUGA